GAGUAGAGGACAACCUGUUGACCGCCCCCGCCACCACCACCGUCCAUCACGAGCCUCCAGGUCCAAGUCCACCACUGUCCCCGCUCUCUCUCACGCUAGCUCUCUUCUUAUACACCGGCCGCCACAUGGUUGCGGCCGGCAUUGCGCAGAUACCGCCUUCCCGACCUCGAUCGAGAUCCUCCUCCUCCUGAAUUCAUCGCGCAACCGUAAUCUACUCUACUCACCUCCUGAUCAAUAGCUUGGUGGUGGCGCUGACUGCACUGCAAUGGCGACUGGCCCGCUGAUGCUCACCGUCGCCCUCCUCAUCAGCUCGCUCCUCCCGGCUGCAUUGUCCACCACGUUCACGCUGACCAACUCCUGCGCCUACACGGUGUGGCCGGGCCUGCUGUCCGGCUCCGGCACGCCGGCGCUACCCACCACGGGCUUCGCGCUGGCGCCGGGGGAGUCGCGCGCCGUGGAGGCGCCCUCGGCGUGGUCGGGCCGCAUGUGGGGGCGCACCCUCUGCGGGACGGGCGCCGACGGGCGGUUCGCCUGCGCCACCUGCGACUGCGGCUCGGGCGCCGUGGAGUGUGCCGGCGGGGGCGCCGCUCCCCCGUGCUCGCUCGCGGAGUUCACCCUCGCCGGCUCCGGCGGAAAAGACUUCUACGACGUGAGCCUCGUGGACGGCUCCAACAUCCCCAUGGCCGUGCUCCCGCAGGGCGGCGGCGGAGAAGGGUGCGGCGCCACGGGGUGCCUGGCGGACCUGAACGGGCCGUGUCCCGCGGAACUGCGGGUGGCCGGGCCCGACGGCGCCGGCAUCGCCUGCAAGAGCGCGUGCGAGGCGUUCGGGCGGCCCGAGGACUGCUGCAGCGGCGCGUUCGCCGGCGGGCCCGAGGCGUGCCGCCCGUCGGCCUACUCCAUGUUCUUCAAGAACGCGUGCCCGCGCGCCUACAGCUACGCCUACGACGAUGCCACCUCCACCUUCACCUGCGCCUCCGGCACCGCCUCCUACCUCGUCGUCUUCUGCCCCGCUGCCAUGUCCAGCCUCAAGUCGUCCGUGGUGAGCACGAGCACCUCGCCGGCGCUGCCCCACGUCAACGACACCGUCUCCUACCUGGGCCGCAGCCGCGACGCCGGCAGCGGGUGGCAGCACGCGCCGAGCUCGAGCCACGCUUCGUCUUCGGCGCCGAGCUCCCUCGCAAUCGCAGCCGUCGCCGCGUUCACGUGGCUCUGCUGCAGCAGCGCCGGGCGCCACUGGCGCUUCUGUCUCCGUCCUAGCUUAGCUAGGUCCAUCCAUGGCACGGCACCGCCCGGCGAGGUGCAUGCAACGCAACGCAACAGCCAUGUGAGCCGACAGUUUGACCUCGGGCCGUAGUAGUAGAAUCACUUGUAUAGAUUAUUGUAGCGAGUCUGAUUUAGCAAGCAAGCAAGCAAGGCGGUGGAGAAAAGUUUUGAAUCGAGCCUCCACCCAGAUCGCAGCAACCAGCUUGUCAUCUGUACUUCUUUUAUCAGAUUGAAGGAGAGAAGGGAACACAGGCCAGGUGGGCCGGUGCCUCCAUCACAUGGUCGACCAUGAGCUCUGCAGCACACUGCAGAACCCAGAUGCGGGCGACGUUCCCCAUCUCGAGACAGACGUGAUCGGGGUCACGAGGGAUCAGUGCAAAGGUGGCCGGCCUUGUUGGUUACUGCUUGUCCGUCGGGUCAGGUCAGGUCAGGUGGUGCCAAAUUGCCAAUUACCACGCGCAGCUGCACUGUGGGAGCUUCAGUCGCGCAUGUGUCUAGUUGCAAAAAGGAACACCCAUAUGUGUCCUCCGGCUCUAGCUAGAUUCUGCUGAAUCUUGGCUCAAAGUUGAAAGUUGCUCCACCCUUUUUUCGUACGCAUCUUCUUCUUCUUCUUCUUUUGAUCUGUUUUGUAAUCCGAGAUCCUAUAUGUUUGAUUAGAUUCUUGUGGAGCCGCUUGUCGGCUCGAAAUGUGGCACAUAUCCAAGGGGAUCUGAGCAUCGGGGAGCUGCAACUUGGCCUCGCUACCUCCGGUGCCUGGCCUAGCGACACAUGAUUUUGCAUCGGU